GUAUGUUCGCAGCCUCGCGCUUCUGUGUGCCAGUUUCCCUUGUGUCGGUCGCGCGAUCGAGCUAACAAAAUGUCGCGGGUUUAUAUAGGAAGGCUGAGCUACCGAGCCAGAGAAAAGGACGUGGAGAGGUUCUUCAAAGGCUACGGGAAGAUACUCGAAGUCGACCUGAAAAACGGGUAAGGAUGAGGCUGUUUGUCGAGACAUUUUAUUUUAUUUUUAGGCCUCACCGUGGGAACAACAGGCAGGCUGGGCCUAGUGAGCGGGCGCGGCCUGCUAAUGCUAACAAGCGGCUGCGGUGAAUAUUCACCAACCAAAACCAGUGCGGAAUAUAAACAUUAGCGAUGUUUGCAACAGGCAGAUUCGAUUGAUUUUGCAUUUUAUUUUUGAUAAUGUUGUGAUUUUGAGGUGGAGGUCGAGUUUGGAGAGCUCCGUUUGAAAGUAACAACCGCCUCGACGUCGAUUGUUAGCCGAAAGGAGCUAAUGUUAGACGUGGCAAUGUCACAGGCUCAUGCUAUCUACACAAGAGUCCACUGUGAACCACGCGGAGACCUAUGGACCCACACCAAAGUCUUUGUGCAGGAUCCAUUCACAGUCAUUAAUGUGUAAUCUGCCAGGCUCCCACAGUGAAAUACACCUAUUGAUGUUGCUAACAUAAAGGAGUCGAAAUCAGAAAUCUCAUUGAGCUGAUUUGCACAAACAAGGAUUUGGCCUACACGUGCAAAAACAAUCAACACAAGAAUAUCUCUAGAAACCUUUUUUUUAUCAUAAUGUUAAGUUUCACUUUCACGUGACAAAACACAAAUCAUAACUAUUAAAUUUAGGAUAAGGUAGAAAAAAGAGAGAAAGUAAAAAAAAUGUGCACGCAUUAAUAAAUAACACCAUGAGUGUAUUGUGGUGUGGCAGGUUUGUCUGUCUGCUCAGUAUCAAAGUAAUACUCAUGAUUUUUUUUCUUUCAAUUUUCUGGUUCUUAUAUAUCUUAAGGAGGGGUAACAGCAAAUAAAGUGUUUAUUGUAGUAAGAGUAGUAACACUUGUUGAUUUGGCUUCUAGUAGUGAAAUAAAUUAAUGUAGGAAGAAAAAAAAAGGAGGAUUAAAAUAUAUCUAUAUUAUAUAUGCAUGUACAUACCAAGUAAAAGUUUAUACAAUGCACACACACACACAAAAAAAUGGGAUAUAUUAAUUAAAAGUAAAUGCACAAAUAAGUUAAUUCAUAUUUCAUUCUCUUCUCCUCAAAAAAGAGAGGGCAAAUAAAUAAAUAAUAGCAAAACUUUUUCAUUCACUUAUUUCAUUUAAAUCAAAACUAAGCAUUGUACAGUACAAUAACUUCGGUAUAUACUGAAAUUUGACUCCUUUACCCGACCAGGAUUGUGGCCAUUUUUCCUGCUGACCUUGAAUUCAGCCAGAAAGCUUAUUAAUGUCAAGCAGCUCUCUAUUGCAGUGAAUCGACAGCUGUACUUAGCGAAAUGUGUCCAACUUCAAGACUAUAUUGCUAAUUAUUUUAACAUUUGAUUUUAAUCUUGGGUUUAUGUUCACCUCUGUUGUAUUUUGAGUAGUUCCUCUCAUGAUAUUGUCUGUAUUGUGCUCUGGGAUUAAAGUUUUUAUUCCACUCUCUUCUCAAGGUACGGCUUCGUUGAAUUUGACGACCCCCGUGACGCAGACGAUGCGGUCUAUGAUCUAAACGGCAAAGAGCUGUGCGGAGAGAGGGUCAUUGUGGAGCACACCAAGGGACCCCGUCGCGAUGGAGGUUAUGGUGGUGGAGGUGGAAGAAGUAAGUGUCCAUGGAGUAUUUUGCAUACUUUUCAUUAAUAAUGGCAUUGAUGAGGGAUUUUUAUUCAUUACAGGAAACCGUCAUUCUAAAUUUCAACGGGGCAAAAAGUCAAACUUGUCCUUGGUGGCUGUUGUGCAUUUAAUUUAUGUACUGGUAUUUCUAAAGGGAGGACUCGGGGCGAUUCUCUGACAGCGCCUUCUACCUUUUGGGGACACUUACAACUGUUGAUGGUAUUAAGCUAGACAGAAGAUUGUGGCUGUUUUCAUUUCACCUUUUGAUCAUGUAAGAGUGCGGCCCACCCAUCUACACCCAUCAAUGACACCCCCUUGUUAAACAUACGGCAACAGCUGAAGUUUCGCGAUUCGGCACUCCAGAUACAGAGAGGCCACUCACUUUCCCCCCUAAAGAACAAAAGGCGUGAGAGGAGAUUGUCCUCACCAUACGUCACGUGAUAAAUUUUGUGCGCACCAGAGCCACCAAUGACUUGGUAAAUAUCUUGGCUUUCCAUACAUGGAUUGGAAAUGCAGUAUAAUGUAAAUCUGUGAUGGGGAAAUGGCUAACUGAUGACAAAAUCAAAUGUUUUAAUUUGAAUACUGUUAAUUAACUCUUUUUAUUGUUAAAUAUCUUGUAACCUACUGAUGUUUUAUUCCGUUUUUAUUUCUUAAAGAUGAUUGUCAAUUUAAAGGUAAAGAUUUAACAAAGAACCUCAAUGUUUUAAUUGAAAGAGUCCUUUGCUGACUGCCUGCCCCUAUUGCUGGCCAUGGUGUCCCCCCUUUCCAAGAGUGUGGUUUGACCAUUCUGGGCCCCUGGGCAGACCAAAAAAGGGAGCCAUUGUGAAUGAAGACCGCUUUUCCCAUUAGGCCCAGGCCGGGUGGUGAGGAUGCCAUGGGGGUUAGGAAGAGAUGUGGGUUCAGCUCUUAUAGGUGCCUGAAAAAAAAAAAGAACAUGUUUUGUAACAGUGCAAUGUUUUUAGAUAGGAUAGUUAGAAACUUGCUUUAGUUCACCGUAAGUACUUCCUCGAUCAGUUAUGUUUUUCAAUUUUUGUUUUUUCUUAUUUAACAACGAGGUCGAUUGAACUUUAACCAAAAUUCAAUAAUCUGAAACUGUGUUCUGUAGAUUUAGGUCUAUAGAUAAAGCUCUUGAAUUGAAAUAAAGAUUUUUUUUUUUUUUUUUUCAAGGUUUAAAAAUUUGAUUUUUUCUUUUUGUAAGUUUUUUUUUUUUUUUUUCACCUUUGCUUUUCCCCUUCCUUGUUUCCUUUUCCAAGUGAAUAUUGACAUAGCUCUUUUGUAGCCUGAAGUUUAGCACAUUUGCAUCACCUCUGUUUCUUUUUGGGCCCUCAUUUUUCCUUUCCCUUCCUUGUUACAUUAAAAGGUGGAUAUGGACGCUGGGGAAGAGACAGAUAUGGUCCGCCUAUAAGGACAGACUAUCGGCUCAUUGUUGAGAAUCUCUCCAGCCGCUGCAGCUGGCAGGACUUGAAGGUAUGAUUUGGUCAAAGUUCGCUCUGAAGCAGCUUUUUUGAUUUAUCUCUGUGCUUUCUUCUGAGUAUGGUUUGUUUUUCCACUUUCCUUGAAGGACUACAUGAGGCAAGCAGGUGAGGUGACCUAUGCUGACACCCACAAAGGUCGGAGGAACGAGGGGGUGAUAGAGUUCAGGCUCUACUCUGAUAUGAAGAGAGCUCUGGAGAAGCUCGACGGGACAGAAGUGAACGGCAGAAAAAUCCGGCUCAUAGAAGACCGCCCUGGAGCCAAACGGAGACGCUCCUAUUCUCGCAGUCGCAGCCGCUCCAGGUACGCAUGCCUCGCACAUACAAGUUCAUCUUUACAUGUACUAGAUUAGCAAGAAGUUUAAGAUUAAGAUGGCCUCUUAUUGUUUGUUUUUUAGGUCUCGCUCCAGGAGCCGCAGAUCUCGCAAGAGUCGCAGCCGCAGUGAGAGCAGCAGCCGCAGCCGUUCCCACUCCAGGUGAGAAAUCCCUAAUCAAAGCAGAUGCUGUAAAACUGUUUCAUAGGAAUUGAAUGUGUUAAUUGUGCGUUAUCUAACACUCUAUUUCUAGUAAAGCCACUGCUCUUUGCAUUUGAUAUCGAACUGUAACAACGAUAUACAGCCAAGCAGCUGUCGUUUAAAAACCACAUUACAGUUUUGGCAUUUGGUAGCCUGUUAAGAGAAAGAUGAGAGCAUAGUUUUCCAGAAAUAGACGCAGAAAUUCUUAGAAAUUGCACAGGUGUUUGCACUUGUGGUCACGUAGCCUAUAGCGAGUGAAGGCCAACAGUAGUCUGAUAUUUAUGGCUGCUGUUUUUCCACUGCCCAAGUCUAAAUCAUGAAGUCAAAGUUGAAACCCGCCGCCUUCCUGAUCCAGAGUGAAUGUAGGUCUUUGCUGGUAGAGUUUCAGGCUGGUCAGAAGAGGCAUGAUUGAUUCAAUUUAAAGUGUGUUUAAUAAGUUCCUGUAAAAGACAGUGAAAGUAAUCGUCACACUCUGCAUGAUUCAUUUUAUCUUAUUUAGGUUCUCUGGGGUAAAAUUGUCGGCAUCAGUAAAUCGGUAAAUUUAUUCUGUUUCCUUCACAGGGCGGCGUCUCGCUCCCGCAGCCGAUCUCGCAGCAAGAAGAACAAGUCAAAGGGCAAAAAGGAAGACGAGGAGCGCAGCAACGGCGCCCAGAAGAACAAGGACAGCAGCAGGAGCCGCAGCCCCAAGAGCAAAAAGACCAAGAAAGACGGAAAGAAGGGCAAGAAGGACGACUCCAGGUCCAGGUCUCGCUCUCACUCCAGGUCCCGUUCAAGAUCAGGAAUCAAGGAUCGCUCCAGGAAAUCCGGCUCCAAGGGCCGCGAGCAGCCUAAGAGCGACGACGAGGGAGGUGAGCCCGACAGAGGCUCCCGCUCCCGUUCUCGCUCCCCUGCCGAUUCCAAAUCCAGGGCCAGGUCUAAAUCCAAGUCCAAAUCCAAGUCCCGUUCCCCCUCUCCCGUCAAAGCCCGCUCCCACUCCCGCUCUGCCUCCCGUUCCGAGUCCCGCUCUAAAUCCCGCUCCCCGUCUCGUUCUCGCUCUCGUUCCCGCUCUUAGUUCACAUUUUGGACUGUUCGUCUCAAACCCUCAUCUGGCCGUCUCCCCCUGUCCUCCAGUAACAUUCCCCAGAGCCCUCAACACGGCCCCCAUCCACUGUUUUUGAUAACUAGCUGUAGAAUACCAGGCACUCUGCUCGAUGUCUUUUAUGCACACGCUACUCCAUUAUGUUUCGACGUAUUUUUCAUUAGCGCUGUCCCGUACAGAGGUGUUUGUAAAUUUACAGGGUGCAAUCUGAGUUUUAUAAGUUUCAAUGAUGGUAAGUGUCUUAGCCUUUUUUAAUCAGAUGUAGAAGCUUCUUGUUUUUGUCAAAGUGCUGGGUGGGAAUUUGUUCUAGCAUCUCCUCACCUUUUGUGGAAUCCUCGUUUCAUUUUAUUUCAGAUUAAAAACUGCCUGUUAUACAUCUGCCUGUAGAGUUGUUUUUCUUUUGGUUACAGUGAUUGUUUAUAGAAGUGAAGGAUGUUUUUGUAUUCAUCAUUAUUCAAACAGGAGCGCAAACCUAUGCUGUUUAUACUUCUUUGUAUUAAAAUCUUAAAGACAAUCA